AUGAGGACAAGCGGUGACGUCUACGGAGCAGAUGCCGGUUCUUCGAGAAGUGAAGAAGAAAGAGGGUUUCAAGAGGAAGACGACUUUCCCGCGAGCCCGAUGAGAAAUCGCCAAGACGAUUCAAAUCCACGACCUGGCUCUCAGAGAUUCGUCAAAACCUCCAGAAAAGAGGAAGAGACUAUAAACUCUAAUUACGAUGCAGAUUCGUCUCCGAAGAAGACGACCAGAAACAACCCAAUCCAAUACACAGGUCAACAACAAGCGGAGCUGUUUAGAAAGCUCGAUUCCAUAAAAGGUCAUCUCCUCCGUGGUGGCAAUGAUAACCCCAAAAAUAACUCAGAGCAGCCACCACCACCGCCAAUGGGUUUCCAUGGUCAUGGACCUCCGUAUUACAAUCCAUUUCCCUAUGGAAUGUAUCCUCCUCCCACGGCUCACAUUCCACCUUACGGAGUCCCAAUGCAGGGGACACCUCAGAAUUGGUAUCCAGCAGCAGGAGCAGGAGCAGGUCCUUACCCAAAUCAGAUGCAGCCUCGUCCUCCGUAUCCUCAAGGACAGUACGUUGAUAUUGGUUCUGAUAUACUCGACCCUCACUUACAUGAUCCUAGAUUCUUUCCGGUUACGCCGAGCCGGUACGGUGGUGAUGUCCCGAUUAGCCCGGUUUCGCAUCACGGAGAGAGGCUUGGACCACUUAGUCCACACGGUGGUGGCGUUCAAGGUCAUCCCACGAGGUGGCCUAGUGGAAGCAGUUCCGAAACGGGCGGUGGUGCUUUUGCUCGUGGCUAUGUUCAAAAGGCUGUGUGGGAUACUGAUUCCCGUCGUUGCCAUCCUCUAGCAGGCGGUGCGCCUUUCGUAGCUUGUCACAGUUGCUUUGAGCUUCUCUAUUUGCCUAAGAGGAAGCUUCUUGUUCACGAAAUGCAACACAAGCUGCAGUGUGGUGCUUGCUCUGAGGUCAUCAGUUUCACCAUCGUUGAUAAGAAGCUUGUCUUCUCUUCUUCUGGAGAGGUUGAAGACAGAAUAAGCGCAGUGGUAGCUGAUCGUCCACUUAAGGAUGAGGAACCAAGAACACACCGGGAAACUAAAUUUGUUCAGGCUGUGUUGCCUAGUGAACACUCAGAUGAUGAAGAAAGAUCAAGCAUUUCUAGCGAACCGCAAAGAGAGGUUGUCAAGUCUGUUCGCCGCAGGGAAAAAGGCGGGAAAGUUCCUCCUCCAAGUCCUGGUCCUCGUGCUGCUCCUCCUGAAAACUCCAAUCUUCUUGAGCUCUUUGAGUAUUCUAAUGUAAACCGAGCUGCAAUCACUUACGGAAUGGCGCAGCUAGGGUACCAUAAGCAAGAGUCAUACGUGAAACAAGACUCGUUGAAAGCAGAAUCAGUAGCUACUGAGGCAGAUAUUUCUUACAAUGGGUACUAUAAUAACACUGAGGUGUCUGAAGAAGUUUCAAGGGUCUCAAAAGGCAGUAAAGAAGAGAGCAGACCAAGAAACCGAAAGGAGAGUAGUGAUUACAAUUAUUCGGAGGUCACAAAUGAAACUAUCGAGCAGUUAGAGGUUUGGGUGAAUGGGCAUCUAAUACCGGAAGAUCUGGUUAUCAGCGCCGAGAAACAAGCUGGACCUGUUCAAGCUGGCAAGUACUGGUAUGAUUACCGUGCUGGAUUCUGGGGAGUAAUGGGAAACCCUUGUCUCGGUAUCAUACCGCCGUUUAUCGAAGAGUUCAGUCGUCCAAUGCCGGAUAACUGCGGUGCAGGAAACUCGGGAGUGUUUGUGAACGGAAGAGAGCUUCACGAGAGAGAUCUUGAGUUGCUUUCACGUAGAGGUCUUCCUCGAGACAAGAACCGUUCUUACAUCGUUGAUAUAGCAGGAAGAGUUCUUGAUGGAGACUCUGGUGAAGAGCUUAAGAGUCUUGGCAAAUUAGCUCCAACGAUUGAGAAGGUCAAGCAUGGAUUUGGCAUGAGAGUUCCAAGGUCACUAGCUUCAUCAGCUUGA